CGGGAGUGGGGCAGCGCCCGGGGCCCCCCGUGCCGUGCCCGGUGCCUCCUGCCACCCGCGGGGCCCGGCUCCACGCCGCCACCGUCGCCCUGGCCGAGCUGGCCGAGCACCCGGCGCUGGGUGGCCCGCUCCUCGCCCGCCACCUCGGCCUCCUCCUCGCCGGCCUCUGCCUGCUGGGCCACGGCCCCGCCGCCCACAGCCAGGGUGUUUCGGAAGCGGAGCGAACGCGGUGCCGGGAGACCCUGCGGCAAGUCCUGGACCGUGUCUACCAGCCGCUGGCGGUGCGGGAGCUGCUCGUCCUGCAGGGCCGGCCCAAGCAGAAUUCUCCCUCUCCUGGGGAAGAAACAAAGCCGUCCCUUGUGCGGGCUCCGGCGUGGCUGCGGCGCCUUUGUGGUCAGCUGCUCUCCGAGAGGCUAAUGAGACCCAACGGGGUUCAGGCUGUGGUUCGGGGCAUCAUGGAGGGAACAGGCGGUGGUGCUGGUGCUGAAGCAGCAGCUGUGGACUGGAGAAAAUGCGACACGGUUGCAAAGAUCCUGGCUUCCUGCCCACAGCAGUGCCUUUCUGUCGAGGACUACUACCAACUGGUGUGCCCCCAGGUUCUGGACUUGCUGCACAUCCAGGACAAACUGACAGCGCGGCAGUUCCAGCGAGUGGCCACCACCACGCUGCUCACCAUGGCGAAAGAGCACCCUCAGCUGGCAGAGAAGCACCUGCUCCAGCCCCUGUUGGCACCGCUCCUGCGGUGCUCGGAGACAGCAGAGCUAGCGGUGGAAGAUUUAUCAGCAGGGACCGUGCUGGUGACAGAGGCAGAGCUCGGCAGCUGUGUGGAAGAUGUGCUCAAGGUGUAUGUGGUUGGGAAUGACAGCUCGAGCCUGCUGCUGGGAUCCUUGCAGUCAGUCCUGGGAGUGGUUUUUUCCCUCUAUUCCUUCGCCAAGCAGAAUGUGUCAUACUUACGCUCCCUGUGCCAGGAGAUCCUGCUGUGGUUCUUGGAGAAGUCGGAGCGAGAGGUGUCCCUGGCCGUGCUGGAAGGUUUUGCAGGGUUGAACAGCAGCGUGUGUGGCCUCCACCCGCGGUGCCGGUUCCAUGUGGGCAGCGAAGGUGGUGCCACCAUCGCAGUGGAGGAGACCAUCAGCGAUGAAGAUGAGGCCCUCUACCAGAAGGUUUCCUCAGAGCAGUGCCGUGUGGAGAACUUAGUGGAGCUCUUGUCUCACUGCCAGAAGAGUGGUCUAGCUGGAGACUUCUUCAUCCGGUGCCUGAAGGCACUGACUCGUGUGGCUGCAGAGGAUGAGGAGGCUUCAAACUUAGCUGCAGAGCCUGGAGGGAGUCUCCUGGAGCUGGAGCAGUACCAUGCUGCGCAGAGGAGGAAGCUGCUGGUCCUGCAGCUCGUGGCCACGCUGUGUGAGAGUGUCUCGGACACCAUCUUCACAGACAUUGUUCAGGUGGAGGAGUUUGUGGCAGCCACAUUGCAGCGGGCCUGCCUCAGCCCGGCACAGGGCCCCGGCGCAGCGGCGGAGACGCAGACCCUCGCCAUGGCCAUGGGGCUCGUGGCCGCCAUGCUCGGGGGAGCCGUCCAGCUGCAAUCCAGUGACUUUGCCGUGCUGAAGCGGCUGGUGCCGUUGCUGGAGGAACUCUCCCGCACCUACCCCGAGCCCCUCACCCAGGAGCUGGCCGCAGACCUGCGCAUCGCCAUCUGCACCCACGGCGCCUUCUCCCCCGAGACGGUGGGUGCCGCUGCCGACAGCGUGCUGGGGAAGAAGCCAGGGAUGGGAGCGCAGAGCCCUGCCGGCACCCCCGGUGGAGCCCCAAGCCCAGGGGGUGGCCGGGCACCACCACGACAUGGCCUCUCGGCUCCCAGGGAGAGGAGUGAAGAACAGAGUGUGAGCCAUGAGCCUGGCACUGUGGGUCCCUCUCCAUCCCCGUGUGCCGACAGCCCAGCUCCAGCUGGGCUCCAGGAGCUCCUGGUAUCAGCCUACGACCCCCAGCCCCCCAGCCGAGCUGCCGCCCUGCGCUGCCUCGCCAGCCUGAUCACGCAGAAGGAUCCAGAGGCACUUCGGCUUCAGGAGAAACUCCUCCAGGUGUUCCUGGAGAACAUGCAGCAUGAGGACGCCUUCGUCUACCUCUCCGCCAUCCAAGGCAUUGCCCUGCUCUCCAGUGAGUACCCGGAGCAGAUCCUGCCUGUCCUGCUGGCACGGUACGGGUGCCCAGUGCGGGGCACGGAGGACACCGUGGCCGCUGUCACCAGGAUGAAGCUGGGCGAGGUGCUGAUGCGUGUCACCCGGGUGCUGGGGGACAUGGUGUUCAAGCACCGGGAGCCACUGAUCCAGGCCUUCUUGAGGGGCGCACGGGACCCCGACAGCACGCUGCGGGCCAGCAGCCUCUCCAACCUGGGCGAGCUCUGCCAGCGCCUCGGCUUUCAGCUGGGCUCCAUCGUCCAGGAGGUGACCUCCUGCUUGACAGCCAUAGCCAAGACAGACCCCGAGGCCGAGGUGCGAAGAGCCGCCGUGCAUGUGGUGGUGCUGCUGCUGCGGGGGCUCAGCGAGAAGGCCACCGAGGUGCUGCAGGACGUCCUGCGGGACCUCUACCGCCUGUUGAAGCACGUGGUGGUGGCUGAGCCCGAUGGUGCAACAGUGCUGCACGCCCAGCUGGCACUGGAGGAGCUGGACACGGUGAUGAGGAGGGUCCUCUUCCCCCCGCAGACGCUGGAGAAGAAGAUAGUGGUGCUGCCAUAGCAGGGCCAAGGCCACAGAAACAAACUCUUCCUGGCCCAGCAUCUGGACCAAGUGGCUCCCCAAGGGGAAGGAUUUUCUGUGCCCACAGGACACUGCCAGCGGGUGCCAGCCCGGGAGGAAAUCGCCUUGGAAUUGCCCAGAAAAGGCCAGGGAGGGCAGGUGGCCAGGGCAGUGAGGGCUCGUUUGGAUGGAGUGGGGCAUUAAACAGAGACAUGUUCA